GCAAUACACGGACGGACACAUUUUGUAGUUGCACACAGCACAAAGCGAAACCACUGUUUACAAACACAAAGUUAGUGACAGCGACUAAAUUCACCGACAGCUGGGCUCCGCUGUUUACUGUUUUCUCGACAGAAAGAGACUAUGUAUGGAUUUGUUAAGACUCUGACCUUAUAAUAGAGGUCAGAAGAGACGGUUAUGAUGGCGGAGGAGGCUGGAAAGCUUCCACUUCGGCGUCUGGAGCCCCCCAUUCAGAAAUUCAUUAAAGUGGCCAUUCCCACUGACCUGGAGAGACUGCACCAGCACCAACACAACAUAGAAAAGUUUCAGAGGAGCUGUCAGUGGGACAAACUGCAUCAAGAGCACAUCAACUCCAGCCGCACUGUACAGCAGUUGCGAUCGAACCUACGGGAGAUGGAGAAGUUGUGUGGACGGGUCCGCAGUGCUGAUGCCGAAGCUCUGGAGAAACUUGUUCAGCCAAUCAGAGAUCGAGCCUCCGCUGCUAUUCAGGAGUUCCUCCAGAUUCACUCGGAUUCAAUCAAUAGGCCGGAUGCUCCAACUCUCAGCACUCACGAAACUACCAGCACUGCCUCAGAGACGUUGCACAUUUCAUGUAAUGGUUUAGGUGACGGUGAUACAGGUUUGCCCGGUUCCCCUGUCGCUCAAACACAGCUGCUACUGCCUGAAAUACCUCCAGAACAGAACGCUGCUGAGUCCUGGGACAUUUUAGCUGAGGACCUACUGGAGUUAAAUGGUUUGGUAAACGAGUUCUCCACUCUUGUUCAUGCUCAGCAGGAGAAGAUUGACAGCAUUGAAGCCAACGUUAGCAUAGCAGCCGCUAAUGUGGAGGAGGGGACCCAGAGCCUAGGGAAGGUAAGGGGAGAGGGGACACUCCUGCUAGGGGAUCGAUUCCACUCUACCCCCCUGCUUCACUCGGCCUACCCUGCCAUCAGCUCAUUGAUCCACCUCAGAGCGCAAGGAAACCACAAUUAAGAGAGAGAGAGAGAGAGAAGAGAGAGAGAGGUGGCGAUGGUGGCGGAAGGCAUGGAGUGGAGAGGGAUCGAUGUGUGUUGGUUGGCCCCUCGCAGGGAGUCGAUGUGUGUGCGAGCGCAUGGAAGUCUAAAGAGUGUAAAAGAGAGUCUAUAAACAGCAUUCGAGUUCCUGCUGGGGGUUCGAUACAUAUACACACACAUACUCACACUAACUUUUGACAGAAAAAGCAGGGGAAGGGUGAAACAUGGAGGCAUGGGCCGUGUGUGUUUGCGUGCAAACGAGGGUUUGUAUGUGUUUUAUUGAUUGAGUCUCAAUUGAAAUGUUUCUCUUUUUUGGUGUUGAGAGUUAAUGCAGUUCUAUUGAGUAUUUUGUCGGAUGCCUGUGUUAGAAAGUGGACCCACCUCUGUGACUGCUGAAAAGGACAGGGGGUGGUCAACACACAUACACACACACACCGCUAAAGACAUAGAUAUUCUGACACACACACACACACACACACACACACACACACACACAAAGUCAGUCCUCAAAGUGCUGGCUCAGGCGUAUCUGAAUAACAUGAGUUACUUCCUCAAUCUCUCUCUCCACACAUAAUUAACUGCUCGGUUAACCCUGCCUUGUGAAGAUGAUUAGAUGACAGAGAAAGAGAGCAUGAGAAAAUGUGAAAGAGAGAUGAGAAGAGAGGAAAGGUGGCAUUUGAUGGUCGACCAUGCCUUUAAAGUUUACAUAUCUUCACUGAAAUUAAAUUGUGUGUGUGCACGCUGGGGGGCUUGUUUCGUUGUGCUAAUUAAAGAAUAAUCUGGCUAAGGGAGUUUUUCUUUUUACCUGAUAUCAAAUUAAUUUACCAGGUCUGGUUUGAUCUGCACACGUCCAAUUUCAUCAUGGCUUUUUUUUUUUUUUUUUUUUUAGAUCUCUGAUUAAUAUUGUGUGUGUGUUUACAUACGACUGCAUAUGUUUCUGUUUGGCUGGAAACUGGACAUGAAAGACUUUAUAAUUGUUUGGUUAUCAGAAAAACAGCAUAUGAAAAGUGUGUUAGUUCAAACAACGUUUUGGGACAUUGAUGCCGCCUAAAUGAUUCAUUUCUUUCGUUUGAUGCAUUCAUGCACAUUGCAUGUGGGUCAACUCAUUUUUAUUAAUUUACUCAAAAAUAAUGAGCUUUUUAUUAAAAAAACUAGUUUUUAUUUUAGAAUUUAUAUAUUUUUUGGCAUUACGUCAAGAAAUCUCAUGGUUAAUUGACCUGAAAUAAUGAGGAAAAAAUAAUAAUUAAAAUAAUUGACUUCUUGAAAA